CUUAUACACUAUCUAUUUGAUACGUAUACUUGUAUAGUAGAAUUUUAACUGACAGAAGAUAAUGAUCACAAACAAAAACGUGUGAUAAGACGAGGUGUUAAGCGUAGUCGAACCACGGACGAGGAGGUCCAUGCCCAUUUUGCUGCUAGUGAGGCUCUUGCUGCUGUUGAGGUGCCUAAUUCUCCUCUUGUGGCUCAUCUUGGUGCUCUUUCUACUCAGAAGCGUAACUCACCGUUGCAUCCUCAAAUGACUACAAGCUUUAAGCACGAGAUGAAACAGAUGAGGGCGCACUGGAAGAAGGACCUACAAUCAAUGCAAAUAGAGAUGUAGAUGCAGUCCUUGCGGAUGGAGGUUUAGCGAGACAUGUCAGUGUAUAUGCAGUUAAUGCAGCUAGAGAUCUAACAGCAGAUGUAGCUGCAAAUGCAAUCAAUGCAACUAGAUAUCCAGCAGUCACUGUAAGGGCUGAAGGAUCGUAUUGUUUUUCAGAUGAUUGAUCGUUAUAAGAGUCGGUCAAUGAGUUAACACGAUGGUGCGCACAAUGAAGAGGAAAUCGGUAGUGAGGUUAAUCUUGAUGAGGCCACUGGCAUAAAUCAGGAAAUUGCAUCGGCUCAAAGCUCACCUCCCGCAAUCAUAAAUGCAACCAAGGCCUAACAUCCUGCGAGUAGUCUAACUACAACUUCCUCACAUCCUGCUCGUGUCCUAACUCCACUAGAGCCCCCCCAGCAUGUUCAGAGCACACUUUCUCAUGAGGCUCCACUUCCACCUCAGGCUGAAGAUGCACAUGUGAGCAUGGCUAGCAAAUACCUUUGUAGCCAUACAUUAACCCGCUAUUAGUCUAAUGCAAAGCGAAGGAUGCUUUGAAGGACAUAUAUGAGUCAUUCUGAAAAGGUUAACAUUUCGGGCAUCAAAACGCAAGAGGGCCUUGAAUAUUUUCGACGUUUGGAGAAGCAAAAUGAGUGGUUGGACAACCAACACAUUGAUGCAUGCAUAAGCAUCAUGUGUAAGUGGGCGCAUGAGCACUAUCCACAACUCUACAAGCAGAAAAUAUGCAUUCUUGACACCUAUUUCUAUCUUAUUUUGCUGGGUCUAAGCCAUGAAAUGAAGCCUCCCUCGAGCAAUAAGACAUUCAAGCUGACUCAGGUGGUUUUGCUAGAACAUCUGCUUGAAUAUGCUAAGGGUGGGAGUCCUCCAUGGGGUUUGCAAUGGCAUGAGGUGGACUUAAUUCUCGUAUCAUGCCAUUUUGACGACCACUGGGUGGUAGUGCAUAUCUACUUACUAAAAUGGAGUAUGAUGUUAGUUGACUCAUCGUACAGUCAGAGAGAUGUAAUUAAGUCUAACUUGUGUGAUUAGUAGAUAGGUCCACUAACAGGAUUGUUUCUCAUUUUAUGUCACCAAGACGGGUACUUUAAGCACACGUGUUGUCAAAAGCGACUUGGACGUGGAUAAGGUAUCAAUUAAAUGAUAAAACCUCGAUACAACAAGAUUCGCCUAGUUGUAGGGAUUGGGUUAUCGCUUUUAUGCAGUGGUUGAUCAGUGUGGCAGAACAGACCCUAAAGGCAAACACAAUAAAAGGCCUUCGAAAAGGUUUUGCCCUUGCAAAUUUUGCAAAUAGUUUGGAUAGUUACUUUUUACAUUUUUUAUUUCUUUCUUAAUACGUAAAGUAACAUUGUUAUGUAUUAUCUCCAAAUUAGUCUUUGUUGUAUCAAUUAAUAGAGAGAAAUGCAAAAAGAACAGUUCGAGAUUAUUUCUUCAUAUGAUUUCACAUCAGAAACGUACUGUUAAUAAUGUUUGU